GCCUCUUUUCCGGCUGGAACCACGGAGGGUGCCGAAGAGAAGAAAAAGAAGGUUCCUGCUGUGCCAGAAACCCUUAAGAAAAAGCAAAGGAAUUUCGCUGAGCUGAAAAUAAAGCGCCUGAGAAAGAAAUGUGCUGAAAAGAUGCUUCAAAAGGCCAGGAGAAAGCUCAUCUAUGAGAAGGCCAAGCACUAUCACAAGGAAUACAGGCAAAUGUACAGAACUGAGAUCAGAAUGGCUAGAAUGGCCAGAAAAGCGGGCAACUUCUAUGUACCUGCAGAGCCUAAGUUGGCAUUUGUCAUCAGAAUCAGAGGUAUCAAUGGUGUGAGUCCGAAAGUCCGUAAGGUAUUGCAGCUUCUUCGUCUUCGUCAGAUCUUCAAUGUCACCUCUGUCAAGCUCAAUAAGGCUUCAAUUAAUAUGCUGAGGAUUGUGGAACCAUAUAUUGCAUGGGGGUACCCAAACCUGAAGUCAGUGAAUGAGCUCAUCUACAACCGUGGUUAUGGCAAAAUCAAUAAGAAGCGAAUUGCCUUAACAGAUAAUGAAUUGAUUGCUCGAUCUCUUGGUAAAUAUGGCAUCAUCUGUAUGGAGGAUCUAAUUCAUGAGAUCUAUACUGUUGGGAAAUGCUUCAAGGAAGCAAAUAACUUCUUGUGGCCCUUCAAGUUAUCUUCUCCACGAGGUGGCAUGAAGAAGACCACCCACUUUGUAGAAGGUGGAGAUGCUGGCAACAGAGAGGAUCAGAUCAAUAGGCUUAUUAGAAGGAUGAACUGAGGUAUCCUCCAUGCUAUUUUUGUAAUUUAGUCUGUUAAUAAACAGUGAUGCUGGCAAA